GCGUCUCGUCACGCAGACAGACCAUCCAGCCAAACUUGGUCAGACGCGCCGCGACAUGCGCAUCUCUCCCUUUCGACUCGCAUCUCCAAAACGCCAUCAGAGAGUUACAUGGCCAGCAAACACAUGGCCGACGUCUCCCAUCUGCAACUGAAGGUACGGCACUGGCUGGCCAACUUACCCCCACCGUCUUCAUCCUCCGCCUCGCCCACAUUGGACAACCCCCCUCGAGACGACACCAGCUGCAAAUCCGAACGAGACGGUUCCUCUCACGUAUCCACACACCCCGGAACCCAGACCCGCCGCCCCGUCAAACGACGCCGCCUCCUCACCCCGCCCCGGACCGCCGGCAUGAGCACCCCGUCGGCCAAGCACUCGCUGAGCCGGGCUGCUUCUUCGUUGAGCAACGCGACCUCGUCGGCGCAGGACAACGACCAGACGCCCAAGCGCAUCAAGACCGCACCCGUCCUAGGCCCCUUCGGCGCGCCGCCGCCCCCGUCGUCCCGCCGCAGCGGUUCCGUGUCCCCUAAGAAGCAGGCGCGGAACACUACGACGACGAGCAUCCAAUGUCGGCAGUACGACGUGACACAGAACAUCCCCGGUGCUCUGAAGAAGAUAUGGAGGGACAUGAGUGGCUACAGCAAGGGCAUCGGCGUCGUUGGCUUCGAGGCCAAGGCGGCCGUUGAGAACGCAAUGGAGAGCCAGCCGAGAUUCCAACAGGAAGUCAUCCACGACUUCGUCUUCGAGCCGGCCCCGCCGACCCCGCCGAUUUCCACGACGACUGGCAGAGACGCCGGGCCACGAACCAAGCUCGGCCCUACCCCGACCGUCGACGACGUGCUGCGCAUUUUCGAGGACGCGAGCAUGUGCUACAACAAGGCGUUGGACGAGCCGUCGUGGAACCAGGCUGUACACAGCCCUGUGCUCUCCAUGGCCACCAAACCCAUCUGGCGCUUACGGCCUGGCGAUGUCGUCGCCCACGUUCCGUGCACAACAGCAACCAUCAUGCCCGUCUACGCCGAGCCCCGCGGCCGCAAGGUCGACUACUGCAUGUGCAUCCAGCCGGACCCGCUCUCGGCCGCAGCCAUCCGCGCGAUCCGCGACCAGGAUGUGUGGACGAAUCUCUCCAUCAACCACACCGAGUUCAACGCCCUCCAGGACAUGCCCAUCGCUGUCAGCAUCGAGACGAAACCCCAGAGCGGCGACGAGGCCGACGCCCAGGGCCAGCUGGCCGUGUGGCAGGCCGCCCAGUGGCGGCUCCUGGAACGUCUCGUCGGGCGCAACGAGCCCAAGAUGCCGCUGCCGGAUUUCCUCCCGGGAAUUGUCGUCAUUGGCCACGCUUGGCACUUUGUCGCCAGCACAAAGCAGGACGCUGACGUGACACUCUGGACGGGCCAAACCAUCGGUUCCACCGACCAUGUCAUAGGCAUUUACCAGAUUGCAUGCGCUCUGCAGUACCUCGCGCGGUGGGUUGAGGAGACGUACUGGCCCUGGUAUAAAGGAGCAGUCCUCCAGCUUCCGGCGCAGGCAACGCAAGAGGACGGCCACGGCAGCUGAGAGGCAGGCGACCGAGCACCACAAACGACAGACUGGGUUCCCAACGCGUGCUGCCCUCAGCCAGCAGCCCGUCGUACCUCGAUAAGAUAACCCAACAGUCUCAUGGAGACACAUGUGUCGACCAAGCCACCAAAUGUCAUCCCUUUAACAUGAGAUAGACGGGGACCACGACUGAGGCCCUGUAGGUGGUGGGCUAAGCCUCCCCAAAUGCCCGCGCCACAGCUGGAUUCAGCCCCGGCUCCGCGGCUAUCGCAACGCCACCAAUCCCGGACAUGGCUCUUCUCGUCAAUACCGUUUAAUCACAACCCUCGGCGCAGCCUCCCGGCGGUUCUGCGUGUCGAGGACGUAUCGAUGCUGGCGAGGCUUGCGACGAGACGUGAUGCGUGUUCGUAGCUGCGAGCAGGCGCAAUGCAGGCGUAGUAGAGACUUGAAACGCCUUCUCGGCUGGGAAGUCGUGAAAGAGGCUGUUCCGAGCCAGUUUACGGCCCCGAGAGUGCGAUUUUCGGAUAUAGCUUCCCCUUAGGAUACCCCCACAACACCAGUAAAGUGCUACGGUAAACGUGUGUUCUAGUCGUUUCAAGUCGACGAUGAUAGGAUAGAAAGUUGUGAACCACCCGAUAGUACUUGAGAUGUCUGAUUUUAUUUUGCUGGAAUUAUCGCGGCCAUGUCCUCAGCCUAGGCACCGCAAGGGACGCUAAGGGUUGCUUUGAUAGUAAAGCUUGAGUCUCGACCAGUCCAGGCUGGUUCUUGCUUCUCGACGGCACCAAACGUGUCAAGCACGUCUUCUAUUUGCUACUGCCGAGCCAAGACUGACCGCUUUUCAGCCUAUGCCCUGGUGUUGGUGUCUGCUCUAGUUACAACUCCCGUUUCCAGGCAAAUAAUAUCCUGUUGUUCUU